AUGAUAUCAAUAUUAACAAAUCAAUCAUCAAUAGUUAAUUAUAAAAAACAAAACCUACCUGAUCUUGUAAAUGAUAUAUACAUUGAAGAACAACAACGACAAGAAACUAUUAUUAAUAUUGCAAUAUUAUUACGAAAAGUUGGUGAUCAAAUAGAUGAACAAUUUCACAUUAAUAAUACAUCAUCAUCAUCAUCAAAUCAACGAAUCAUGACAUUUAUGAAUUGUUUAUCUCAUGUACUAAGUUUUUUCUUGUAA